AUGGCCACCCACCUAGAAGCUGGGGAUUCAGAGGAGCAAGUUGAGUUGGCCCCAACGGACAUCAGCGCUAUGACCGACCUUUCCAAUGAGACCAUCCAGUCCUUCACUGAUGAGGUACAGAGUUCCGGUUCAUUCAGUUCCUCCGGAGGACUGCAGCCCUGGUCCCAGGACUCGGGGAGCAAGCCUCAGAGUGGAAGGUCGAUUACAUGCUUGGAAUAUCAAGAUAAACCAUCUGAGCUUUCAGAAAGGAGGUUUAGUUGGAAAAGGAUCAACCAGCUCAAGGGCAAAGAAACUAACUCUGGACGGUACCCACCAGACACUAAACUUCAAACAGAAAUCCCUCUGGUAUCUGAUGAACAAUUGAAUGCCCUGCAGUCUUUUUGCACCAGUAAGAUAAACCUGAUCCAUCACAGAGCUACCUCUAAGGAGAAAAAGAGCAGCAAACGUGAAAAGCUGCCACAUAGAUUGGAUGCAGAGGCUUCAGAGAUAGAUGCCUUAAGCUGUACUGUCCCUGAUGAGCUUAUGAACAGAAUCUCUUUAAAAAACGUGAUGGCAACACUAAAGCAGGUGGCAACAGCUAAGCAACACAUUUCUUCCAGGUGCCCCGAUUGUAACAGAAAAAGAGCAGAGCUGGCUCAAUCUGCCUUCCUGAAACGAAGGAAGACUUUACUGGAGUCGUUUCUACUCCAAGAGAAAAUGGAUGAACAUCUUCAUACCAAAGACCUUCUUACCCUUAUUGGAGAAGCACAUCAGGGCCUUCCCAGGCUCUCAGAUGACCCCAGAAUGAUCUGGAAAAGGCUAAAGGAGAAAAGUCAGAAGAGACACUCUGGAUUUGAAAGCUCACAUACAGAGAAGAAGAUGUAGCAGAAUGGAAACAGUGCUUGGCAUUCACCUUUUGCUCUAUUACUUCUCAAACCACUUACUGUAACUGCGCAGGAGAUGCUGUUUUUGAAUGAUAAUAUCUAAUAUGGA